UGAGUGUGACCCUCCAGAGUCCAGUGGCCAAUACAAAAGAAAAAUCUUCACGGACUCAUUAGCCCAUGAGAACUGCAAUUUUGAUUCUUUCUCUCCCGCUGACUCGAUUUCGGGUUGUUUGUCUGUAAGAAUUUAAUGGAAUUCCAGGGUAUCAUCCACCUCCCUAUCACGGGCAGGAAACAAACAACUUGUAUUGUAACUCUAUAAAUGUACUUACAGGGACAAAUAUAUAUAUGCCCAUAGCCUUCCCCCUCGAAGCUCUGCCUCUGCAGUACCUGGAGUCAUGGCUCCUAAACAAAACAGGGCAGAGAGAAGUUUUGGUUCUGUGUCUUUGCUUAUGUUAUUGAUCAUUGUUUUCUUCUGUUCCAGGGAGGUUUCAAGCCAAUCUCCUGUUUUUGCUUGUGAUGUUAGUAAGAAUCCUGGGUUGGGUGCAUUUGGGUUCUGUAAUUCUUCAUUGGGGAUUGCAGCGAGGGUGGAUGAUUUGGUGAAGAGGCUAACAUUGCAGGAGAAGAUUGGGUUUCUUGUGGAUAAAGCAGGGGCUGUGAGUCGGCUUGGAAUCCCAAGUUACGAGUGGUGGUCGGAAGCGUUACAUGGAGUUUCUUACGUGGGUCCUGGCACACAUUUCUCUAAUGCUGUUCCUGCAGCCACUAGCUUUCCUCUGGUUAUUCUAACUGCGGCUUCCUUCAAUACUUCUCUUUUUGAGGCCAUUGGCAAGGUGGUGUCCACAGAAGCUAGAGCAAUGUAUAAUGUGGGUUUAGCUGGGUUGACAUUUUGGAGCCCAAACAUCAAUAUAGUAAGGGACCCAAGAUGGGGAAGAACUCUGGAGACUCCAGGGGAAGACCCAUUGCUCACCAGUAAAUAUGCAACUGGUUAUGUGAGAGGUUUACAACAAAGUGACGAUGGCGAUCCAAAUCGGCUUAAAGUUGCUGCUUGCUGUAAGCAUUAUACAGCUUAUGAUAUAGAUAACUGGAAAGGAGUAGAUCGCUAUCACUUCAAUGCUGUGGUAACUAAACAGGACAUGGAUGAUACAUUCCAACCACCAUUCAAGAGCUGUGUUAUUGAUGGGAAUGUUGCAAGUGUAAUGUGCUCUUACAACCAAGUAAAUGGGAAACCUACCUGUGCAGAUCCAGACCUCCUUGCUGGUGUCAUUAGGGGUGAAUGGCAACUUAAUGGGUACAUAGUUUCAGACUGUGAUUCGGUAGAUGUGCUCUACAACUCUCAACACUACACCAAAUCACCGGAAGAAGCAGCGGCUAAGUCUAUAUUAGCCGGGUUGGAUCUGAACUGUGGAUCCUUCCUCGGCCAACACACUGAAGCUGCAGUAAAAGCUGGACUUUUGGAUGAGUCGGCCGUCAGUAAGGCCAUCUCCAACAAUUUUGCCACUCUAAUGCGGCUUGGCUUCUUCGAUGGUGACCCAAGUAAGCAGCUCUAUGGGAAGCUUGGUCCAAAGGACGUCUGCACACAAGAGCACCAAGAGCUAGCCCGUGAAGCUGCACGGCAGGGGAUUGUCUUGUUGAAGAACAGCCCUGGAUCAUUGCCAUUAUCACCUUCCACCAUCAAGUCUCUAGCAGUGAUUGGACCCAAUGCGAACGUAACAAAGACCAUGAUUGGCAACUACGAAGGUACUCCAUGCAGAUACACAACUCCUCUUCAAGGCCUGACAGCCUCAGUUCCUACACUCUAUCAACAAGGCUGCCCAAAUGUGGCAUGCACCACUGCCCAACUAGAUGAUGCUAAGAAAAUAGCAAACCAAGCUGAUGCCACAGUUUUAGUUGUUGGUGCUGAUCUAUCAAUCGAGGCAGAGAGUCGUGAUAGGGUCGACAUUCGUCUCCCUGGACAGCAGUCACUUCUUGUAACAGAGGUUGCAAAGGCAGCCAAGGGACCUGUGAUUCUUGUUAUAAUGUCAGGAGGAGGGAUGGAUAUCACAUUUGCAAAAAAUGACGAUAAGGUUACGAGCAUACUGUGGGUUGGUUACCCUGGUGAAGCCGGGGGCGCUGCUAUCGCGGAUGUAAUCUUCGGUUAUUUCAACCCAUGUGGAAGAUUACCUAUGACAUGGUACCCACAGGAGUAUGCAGACAAGGUCCCCAUGACAAAUAUGAACAUGAGACCAGAUCCUGCCACUGGUUACCCUGGCCGAACCUACCGGUUUUAUACGGGUGAAACCGUAUACGCAUUUGGUGAUGGGCUGAGCUAUUCCCCAGUGAGUCACCAUCUUGCCUCAGCACCUAAACUAAUCUCAAUUCCCUUGGGAGAGGGUCACAGUUGUCGGUUUCAGAAAUGUAAAUCCAUUGAUCUCCUUGAAAGUGGUUGCCAAAACUUGGCUUUUGACAUUCAUUUAAGAGUAAAGAACACAGGAAGAAUGGGAGGAAGCCAUACAAUUUUCUUGUUCACCACUCCUCCAUCUGUACACAACGCCCCUAAGAAGCAUUUGCUAGGGUUUCAGAAGGUUUCCUUAACAGCCCAAAGUGAACAACUGGUCAAGUUCAAAGUGGAUGUUUGCAAGGACUUGAGUAUUACUGAUGAACUAGGAAACCGAAAAGUGGCUUUGGGGUCACAUUUACUUCAUGUGGGGAGCUUGAAACACUCAUUGAAUGUAAGGAUCUAAAUUGGAUCUCCAAUAAAAAAAAAUGAAGCUGGGGAAGAAAAAGGUCUCUCCAACUUCUCUCAGGACAUU